GUGGUAGCGUCCCUGGAAGACUGGGGCUGUGACUGUACUGUCAUGGGUUUCUCGAUGUGAGGGACUGAGUGGGUGGUGAGCACUCUGUUUUGAGCCUGAGGUUAUCCCAGGCCUGUUUGUGGGAGAUGGAACAGCGCUCUGCCUUUUUUUUUUCUUCCUCUAGAACAGAGUUUCUCUAUCUUCCCAAGGCUGCGACCCUUUAAUACAGUUCUUCAUGUUGUGGUGAUCAUUUCCAUUGUUACUUCAUAACUGUGAUCUUGCAACUGUUACGAAUCCUGGUGUAAACAUCUGUAUUUUCCGAUGGUCUUUAGACGGCCCAUGUCUGGUCUAUUAAAGGGUAGUUUGACCCCACCAAAGGGCUUGCGAGCCACUCAGUUGAGGACCUCUGCUCUAAACUGUAGAGUAGGGGGACAGUGAGAAAGAAAUACUGGCAGGUACUUUAAAAAGCAUUUUCGACCACGCCUGUUAAUGGGAAUUAUUGAAACAUAUCUGGGACCCCCCGGAGUACAGAAGAACCCCAGCGGAGACUCUGUAGGGCAGCAUCUAUUAAAGGAGAUGUUAGAUAUAUCUAGGAAAAUGGCUCCUUGCUUUGUGAACUUUUCCAGAUUACAACAGAUCUCAGAUAUUCAAGCUGAAAUCUAUCAGAACAAUCUGGAAAUUGAACUUCUGAAGCUAGAAAAGGAUACAGCAGAUCUUAUUCAUCCUUCCUAUUUGGUUGAGAAAUGUGAUGUUCUACAAAACAUGAAUAAUCAUCUGGAAACAGUGCUAAAAGAGAAGCAGACCAUCAGGCAAAGACUGCUGAGACCCCAGUGCCAGGACAACUUGCCAUUGGAAGCUGUUUAUCACAGAUAUAUGGUACAUAUGUUGGAUCUGGCUGUGAUUUUCAUCGAGAAAUUGGAAACCCAUCUUGAAACAGUUAGAAAUAGCCCUCAUUUAGAUGCAAACCUACAGAAAGUGAGCAAAGCUUUAGCCAAGAUGGACAUUUUGGUGAACAAGACAGAAGAACUGGCAGAGAAUAUACUCAAGUGGCGAGAACAACAAACAGAAAUUUCCUUGUAUAUCCCCAAAAUGCUAACUGAAGAAAGUCAUCUUCAUGAACUUGAUAUAGUAUCUCCUUUACCUUUUUUUUCUAAGACUCACACUGAAACCUCUAAUGCCAAGUGAUGCCAUCUUUACUUUUGAUUAAUUAUAUGUAGUCAAAGAAGUUCGUUUCUAGAUUGUUAUGACAGGGAUAUUGAUAGGUUUUGUUGCUAGCAACACAAAAGAGCCUUCUUAAUAUUGGAAUAGCAGAGCCAGGAAGAUGUCUCAGUGGGGAAAAGCUCCUGCUUCAAGCCUCCCAAACUGAGUUCAGUCCCUGGGAUCUACAUUAUCAGAAGGGGAUCACUGAUUCCCACAGAUAUUCCAUCCUAUGAUGUCCACACAUGUGUCAUCAUAUGUAUGUGCCUAUACACACAAAAAUAGAGAAAUAAAAAAGAGAGAGAGAGAGAGAGAGAGAGCACAUUGAUCAGCUAUGGGGCUGGUGAGUUGGCUCAGUGGAUAAGAGCACUGGCCGCACUUCCACAGGUUCUGAGCUCAAUUCCCAGCAACCACAUGGUGGCUCAUAACCAUCUAUAAGGGGAUCUGAUGCCCUCUUUGGCCUGCAGAUGUAUGUGCAGCAGAGCACACACAUUGAAUUAAAAAAAAUAAAAUUAAAAUUAAAAAAUGAUCAACUAUAU